AUGGUUCUUUUAGGAUGGUUUAACACUGCUAGUAUGAAUGCUGCACGAUAUCAACACACAGCCUCGGUGUUAACAAAUGGAAAAGUGUUAGUUACUGGUGGAUAUAAUGGUAAUUCUUCUCUAAAUAGUACUGAGCUGUAUGAUCCAUCAACAGGAACUUGGACAACGACUAGCAGUAUGAAUGUUGCACGAUAUCAACACACAGCCUCGGUGUUAACAAAUGGAAAACUGUUAGUUACUGGUGGAUAUAAUGGUAAUUCUUCUCUAAAUAGUACUGAAUUGUACGAUCCAUCAACAGAAACUUGGACAACAACUAGCAGUAUGAAUGUUGCACGAAAUUUGCACACAGCCUCGGUGUUAACAAAUGGAAAAGUGUUAGUGACUGGUGGAUAUAAUGGUAAUUCUUUUCUAAAUAGUACUGAAUUGUACGAUCCAUCAACAGAAACUUGGACAACAACUAGCAGUAUGAAUAAUGCACGAUAUUUACACACAGCAUCCGUUUUAACAAAUGGAAAAGUGUUAGUUACUGGUGGACUUACUGAUGCUGUUUAUCCAAAUAGUGCUGAGCUGUAUGAUCCAUCAAUGGGGGCUUGGGCAACGACUGGUAGUAUGAACAAUUCACGAUAUGGAUACACCACAUCGGUAUUAGCAAAUGGAAAAGUGUUAGUUACUGGGGGAUAUUAUGUUAAUCUUGUGAUUAGUUCGGAAUUGUAUGAUCCAUCAACAGGAACUUGGACAACUACUGGUAGUAUGAAUAUUGGACGACUUUUCCACACAGCAUCUGUAUUAACAAAUGGUAAGGUGUUAGUUACUGGUGGAUAUUAUGGUAGUCCUACAAAUAGUACUGAAUUGUAUGAUCCGACAACAGGAACUUGGACAAGGACUGCUAGUAUAAAUGCUGCGCGAUAUUACCACACAGCAUCCGUAUUAGAAAAUGGAAAUGUGUUAGUUACUGGUGGAUUGGGGAAUAUCACUCUGAAUAGUUCAGAAUUAUAUUAA